ACAUCGAACCCUAUAUGCACUAAUCUUCUCUCUGCAAUUUCUGCCAACAAUCACCAUGACUGCUCAUAGUGGCGCUGAUCGCCUAGAUGCUUCUUCGUCGACUGCUCAGCCGGUGAUGCCUGCCCCCGCAGGCAAUGGAAAUGCUAACGGAAUUGGAUCAGUGCCGAUGAACUCCAAUUACCGUCUCCGAUUGAUUCCUCAUCAGGAUCACAAACCGGAUAACUACGAUGAUCUUCAAUCGGAGUUCACUCCUUUUCUUUUCAGCUCACUUGAGCGAUAUUUGCCGCCGCAUCUCUUGAAUGUUUCUCGAGAAGCCAAGUAUAGGUACAUGCAGGGGAUUCUGCGUCGUUAUUCGACUGAAGGAGAUCGUACUCGUGCCAAGAAGCACAAAGAAUAUAGGCAGAACAUUAUAUCCAACUAUCAGGUGAACUUUGAGCCUCUGUACAGAGAUUUAUAUCAAUUGGAUGCCACAACAUUCUUUGUGCCGUCCUUUUUGGAGGCAUUCAUGGCCAGUGAUUGCGACAGAGAUCAAAGUAUUAAAAGUAUAAUGUCUGAACCUGCUCCAGGAGUUUAUACAUUCAAUAUGCUGCAGCCACGUUUCUGUGAUAUGUUGCUAGCUGAGGUUGAAAAUUUUGAGAAGUGGAUUACUGAAACAAAAUUCAGAGUCAUGCGGCCCAAUACGAUGAACAAGUAUGGUGCUGUUCUUGAUGACUUUGGAAUGGAAUCCAUGCUGCAUAAGUUAAUGGAAGACUUCAUACGCCACAUCUCAAAAAUUUUCUUUGCUGAUGUUGGGGGAUAUUCACUUGAUUCCCAUCAUGGAUUUGUGGUUGAGUAUGGACUUAAUAGAGAUGUCGAAUUGGUAGGGUUCCAUGUGGAUGACUCAGAAGUGACCUUGAAUGUUUGCUUGGGCAAGCAGUUCUCUGGUGGAGAGUUGUUUUUUAGAGGCGUGCGAUGUGAUAGGCAUAUGCAUGACGAAGCACUACCUGAGGAAAUCUUUGAGUAUUCACAUGUCCCAGGCCAUGCAAUUAUUCAUCGUGGUCGCCAUCGACAUGGUGCCAGACCUACUACAGCUGGAAGUAGAGUCAAUUUACUGCUUUGGUGCCGAAGUUCCGUGUUUAGAGAGUUGAAAAAACACAAUAAGGGGUAUGCAAGCUGGUGUGGAGAUUGUCAACGGGAGAAGAGAGAACGGCUUAAUCAGGCUGUGUCUGAAAAAAAAGCGGAGAUGCUUAAUGAGAGGAGGAUGGUUCAUGAUUAGAUGAUGGAACGGGGUUGCUUUUGUUGUGUCGAUAGAUCAGUGUACAUUUUGACCCUUCCUUUCUAAAACCGAACCACAAUCAUUGUGUCCGUUAGCAUGACCUCUUUUAAGUUAUUUGCGGUCAUGCCUUCUGGUGAUGAAAUGUUGUUUAUUAUAGUCUGCAACUAAAGUGCUUCUCUAUUCAUGCAUAAUAUAUACUGCAACAUUGGUCAAUAUCCUUUGCCUCUUUCUGGGCAUGUAGAAUGAUGUGUUAGCUAUCUUUUUAGGAUGUAACUCAUUCGCUUCUGCGCAUUAGGUCUUAAGUUGUGUGGCUAGAAGAUGAUUGCGGAUCAAUCGUUUAUCACUUCUAUUUAUAGGUUGAUAUAAUCACAAGCCGGGAGGUCUUCACCAUUGCUCAACUCAUUGAGGUAAGAGUCAGAUCUGGGCUCCGGCGAACUCAGGAUUUUCCCGGAGCGGAUAUACCUUUAAGGUGGAUCAAGGGUCUGCAAGUUCGUCUGAAGUCUGUUUAGCCGAAUUCUACCUUUUCAGGGGAUUUUUUUUAAAGUUUUUUUUGGUUGAUUUCAGGGACUUUUUUCGUUUUUUGGUUGAUAUCCUUGUAUUUUUUUAAUAUCCUGGAGCACUAUUCAAAGCUAAUGUGUAUCUUUCAUACCUCAAAAAGAUUCUACUUGCAAAAAUCGGUUGAGUAGA